UCUCUCCCUCCUAUAAAUGGGCUAGCCUUGCCGCUUUAACUGGCGCUCUGAUUGCCUAGUGGCCAUUAGAAAGCUCCGGAGAGGGAGUGAAGGGGUGGAGAAAUGGCCCGGGAGAGUCGAGAGGAGACGAUCGCUGAGCCUCUUCUGGCCGCCGCCUCCGGCGGAGGUGGCGGGGUGGGAGGAGAGUUGGGGUUUGGGAAGAGAGAUGACAUGGAGGAGAUUAAGAGUGUGGGACAGUUUAUGAGGGAGGCGGCAGCAGAGAACAGGAGAAUGUGGGCUCUUGCGGCGCCGGCCAUCUUUACUUCAGUAGCUCAGUAUUCUCUGGGGGCAAUCACGCAGGUGUUUGCCGGACACCUUACAACCCUAGACCUCGAUGCUGUAUCCAUCGAGAAUAUGGUCAUCGCUGGACUCGCUUUCGGCUUAAUGAUGGGCAUGGGAAGUGCUCUCGAGACGCUUUGUGGCCAAGCAUUCGGCGCAAAACAGCUUGACAUGCUUGGCAUUUACAUGCAGCGUUCUUGGGUCAUCCUUCUCACAACAUGCAUCUUCCUUCUCCCCAUUUACAUCUUUGCAACCCCUAUCCUCCGCUUCGUAGGUGAGGCUGAAGCCAUCGCAGUGCUUGCAGGGAGGUUCUCCCUCUACAUGAUACCCCAACUAGUGUUCUAUGCUCUCAACUUCCCAAUGCAGAAGUUCCUCCAGGCACAGAGCAAGGUCUUGGCCAUGGCCUACAUCGCCGCUGCGGCUCUAGUGUUCCACAUACUGCUCAGUUGGCUUCUUAUAGUUCAGCUUGGGCUCGGUCUUCCUGGUGCCGCCGCCUCGCUCAACAUAUCAUGGUGUUUUGUGGUGGUUGCCCAGUUUUUGUAUAUUUCAAUGGGGAGUUGUCCUGGUGCCUGGAAUGGAUUCAGCCGCAGGGCUUUUCAGGACUUGGGAGAAUUUGCCAGGCUCUCCAUUGCUUCUGCUGUCAUGUUGUGCCUUGAGUUUUGGUACCUUAUGUUUCUCGUCAUACUAGUCGGCCGCCUGAAACACGCAGAAAUAACAGUUGCCGCACUCUCAAUCUGUAUGAAUCUACAUGGGUGGGAGAUAAUGGUCUUCAUUGGCUUCAAUGCUGCCAUAAGUGUGAGAGUAUCCAAUGAGCUCGGCGCCGGCAGGCCAAGGGCCACCAAGUUCUCUAUAUUGAUAAUCACGUUGAUCUCUGGUUUCAUUGGCUUCGUCUUUUUCACUGCGGUGUUGCUUCUGAGGAAUAUUUAUGCCGUUCCGUUCACGAAUGAUCCCAAAGUUGUUCGAGCUGUCGCACAGCUCAUACUCGUGUUUGCCUUCACACUUCUCCUUGACAGCCUCCAACCAGUUUUGUCAGGUGUUGCGGUAGGGGCAGGGUGGCAGGCAUUAGUUGCUUACAUUAACUUGGUGUGUUAUUAUGUAGUCGGAAUACCACUUGGAUACCUGCUUGGAUUCACACUUGAUUUGGGCGUGGAGGGAAUGUGGGCUGGUUCAUUGGUUGGAAUAGCAUUGCAGACUGUUAUACUUGUUGUGAUCACUUUAAGAAGAGAUUGGGAGAAAGAGGCAAUGCUAGCAGAAUUUCGCAUUACUAAGUGGGGAGGAUCUGCUGAUAAUGCAGCUAUUGGCUCCAAGGAGUAUGGUCCUCCCAAUGAACUAGCUGCUUAACCUGAGAACAGACAAUAUCUUUUUCCUUUUUUUUUUAAAUUUUUAAUUUUUAGU